GUCUUCAACUGUCACCAACUAUACUAUAAACUUUAUUGUAACGCAAGAAGGAUUACAAUCCUUGAAGAAUUCGUGACGGAAGUAGUAUAAAAAUAGGAUUGCCUACAAUUUGAGUGACGUCACACGAUGGAGACUUCUAAAAUUACAUGAGAGCUGAUGAAAAAUAUUUUUUCACUUUUACGCUCCAUUUUUCAACUAUAUAACAAACGUAUGUAACUGGGACAGUUUGCGACGCGAGUGUCUUAAUGUCGAAAUAUUUUUAAGUCGAUGCAGUGAGGUGAUAUUAAAAGUUGUUGCUUUGGUUACGAGAAUCUCAUAUUAUUUCGUAAUAAUAAAAAUGCAAAGAAGGCGCCCGGCCAGACUGAAGUCGAACUAAGAUAAUCAGAACAAUGCCUGUAGUUUCACCAUCGAGAUACACACCCACCUCCUCCACCCUGACUGGCUCGUACCGCUCGACCUUGACGUCAUCAUCGAGCAUAGAUAAGCCCUACUACAGAAGCAGUAGCGGGACAUACGUCACGUCAACAUUAAGAAGCAGUUAUGGCGACAGAACAACAGAAUACAGGUCGCGGUUCAGCGACGUUGAUGGGAAGAGAGAAAGAAAGACGUCACUCGUAGAAUAUUCUCGAAGCUCUAGAGCACCGAGUGUCACGGACUCGGAUAGUGGCAUCUCGAGCCGUUACAGGUCGGAACGAAGCGAGUCCAGGUCGAGAGAUGUCUCGACAACGAGGAGCGAAAGCUCUAGAACAUCAGAUCUUAAUCGUGGCAAGCGGAAUAUCAUCAGUACGGCCGCGUUGGCUAUGUCAACUGCGGAAUUGUACAAUAAAUACUCGCCAGCGAACUACGUGCCCUUAACUCAGAGAAUACAACAACAAAGUCAAAACAACUACGGAGAAAUCUCAAGAUCUAAGUCUAUAUCGAAUGAUAUCGGCAGACCACCGGCGUCGGAUUGCAGAUCAAGGAAGCCCAGGAACUCGGCGGCGACUAUAUCCGAGAAACCCGAAAGCAGAAGAUAUAAGGAUAGCUCGCCAACAACUAGCUACAGCAAAAGGAACUCUAUGAGUAAUGGAAUUAAGGAUAGUAAUGGUAAUGAGGUGCCUACCGUAUCAGAAAUACGGAAAAGAUUCGAUCCAAAAAUGACUGUUACAAAGUUGCCCGCGAACGAUACAAGAUAUUCUUGCAAAACAAUGGAGCAUUAUCUCAAUCAGUUAAAGGAGUGCGAAAAUGGAUCGACGGGCUACACGAAAAUUAAUUCAAAAGAUGAUCAACCAGUGCCCGUUCAUUUGCCAUAUGCUGAGAAGAAUGGCGUUACCCACAGAUGGGAUGUAGGUUCUCCCAAAUCUAGGUCUAGUUCUAAUUCAGAUCUGACUCUUAGUAAGACUAUAUCCGAACCAGUUUCCUUAGCUAAGCCUUCGGUAGAUAAGAGUAAUAACAUGACAACGUCGCUAACAUCAAAAUUAACAGCUAACAUCAAGAGUCAGCUGGAUCCAAAUAAUCCAAUUGGAAAGAUUCUAGAAAAGUCGACGGUCAUCCAAGUUGAAAACGGCGAUCUAGAUCUUGCUGAACGUAGAAAGAUAAGUAAAAGUCCAGAGGUUAAACUAAAAGAUAUUAAAAGUGAUAUAGAAAAGCAAACGAAAACACCUAAACAUACUACAAAUUUCGCGUCAUAUAUUCAGAUAUCACAACCAGUAGCUUCCGGUGCGACGCCUAAAAAGCAUGUUGAUCAGAUAAACGACGAUAGUUUGAAAAGUAAAGAUAGUAAAAAAUCGAUUAAAUAUAUCGAUUCAGAAGAAGAACGCUCUAUCAUUGAUAAUGACAUCGAAUCUCCGAGUGGAACUGGUUUCGAGAAUAAGACAUUCGAACACGAGAACUAUCUCAAGAAAAGAACGGAAAAGAGUGAAACGGAUGAUAAAGAUGAUGGUAUCAAAUCCAUGGAGACCAGCACCGAAAGUACAAUCAGCGAGUCCACGGAAGAUUCUAGUCCAGAAACUCCGUCUUCCAGGAGAAAGAUCCUGGAUAUUAAGGAUUACGACUUCAUAAAAUCGGAGUUGGCUGGUGGCAAGAGCGGUCCCAGCGGCUUCCGCCGCAGCAGCGAGAGGACAGACAUCAGUGAGCGUAGCGAGAAACAAUCCAGCCAUAGUAGCGGUCUUAACGGUCUGCGUAACAUCGGGAACACGUGUUUUAUGAACAGCGUUCUGCAGUGCCUUUCGAAUACGAGACCAUUACUGGAAUACCUCACCGAGGAGAAGUAUUCGUCCGAUAUCAACACGACGCUGUCUUGUAUGAAGGGCGCUCUCAUUAAAGCGUUCGCGAGCGUCAUCAAGGAACUUUGGCGCAGCGGUGAGCGAGACUCGGUGGUUAAUACGACCAGCCUCAAAUCACAGGUGCAGAGGUUUGCGCCACGGUUCAUGGGAUACAGUCAGCAGGACGCGCAGGAGUUUCUCCGAUACCUACUGGAGGGCUUGCACGAGGACGUGAACAGGGUGACGGUGAAACCCAAGCCGAUACUCACAGAAAUCGAUGACAAUCUCAGUGACUCCGCCAAGGCGCUGGAGGCGUGGAGUCGCUACCUGCGCAUGGAGGACAGUCGCGUGGGCGACAUCUUCGUGGGUCAGCUGAAGUCCACCCUGCGCUGCACGCACUGCCAUCACGACAGCGUCACCUUCGACCCCUUCUGGGAUCUCAGCUUACCGAUUCCGUCCCGAACCGGUAAUUUGAAGCUUCAACAAUGUCUCCAACACUUUGUGAGGGAAGAGGAACUCGAUGGCGACGAGAAACCGACGUGUUCGAAGUGCGGAGUUCGACGCAAGUGCCUCAAAUGGUUCACCGUGCAGAAGUUCCCCCAAGUUCUCGUGCUGCAUCUGAAACGGUUCUCCCCCACGGAGCGCUUCCGCGGCAAGCUGUCGGUGGUGGUGGAGUUCCCGCUGUCGGGGCUCGACAUGUCGCCGUUCGCGGCGGCGCCCACGCACGCCACCUACAACCUGUACGCCGUCAGCAACCACUCGGGUACGACGUACUCCGGUCACUACACGGCGUACUGCAAGCAUCCUUAUAACGGCGACUGGCACGAAUACAACGACUCUAGAGUGUCGACGAUAUCGGCUCGCGACGUGGUGUCGGCGGAGGCCUACGUGCUGUUCUACGAGCUCGUCCCGCGCGCGUAGCGACCCCCCACAUCUAAAAGGACGCGCUACAGCCGCGCCCGCUGAGCCAGUCGUCACCGGGAACGUGUAUUAUAUCUGCCUAUAUUGAAACAAAAAGAUUUAUUGAAUAACUAAUAUUAUAUUGAUACAUAUUACUAACGGGAUAGAGUUCAAAUUCGUUUGUCGUUGAUUUUAUCGAAACUUAUUGUUUGAAGAAUUUUUGUGGAAUACGGUUUAAAUUUGCAAGUCCAUUUUAAAUAUUGUAUAAAGCUAUGUAUACACGAGAGGGAUACCGGCUUUUAGUGUUGUCAACACGCUUUUAAAGUUUCUGUUAUUAAGUU